AUGGAGAGGGCUGAACAAAAUCAGCGACACACCUUGUUUCAGACCAAGUGUGUGAUCCAGGAGCGUUCUUGCUGCGUGAUCAUUGAUGGAGGGAGCUGCAACAACUUGACAAGUGCUGAAAUGGUGGAGAAGCUUGCAUUGGACACACGGCCACACCCGCAGCCUUACUACAUUCAGUGGCUCAACAACGGCGACAAGGUGAAGGUAACAUGGUUGGUAAGAGUUAACUUUGCCAUUGGUUCUUGUCAUGAUUAUAUUGACUGUGAUGUUGUGCCUAUACAAACAUGCUCUAUGUUGUUAGGUAGACCAUGGCAACAUGAUAAAGAUUCUUUGCAUUUUGGCAAAUCAAAUCAGUACCCAUUUGUGAAUAGUGGCAAGAAACUUUUGUUGCAUCCUAUGUCGCCUGAGGCCAUUUUGAAAGAUGAAAUUGCUAGAGCUAGCAAACUGAAAAAUCUUGAGCAUGCUAAGAGUGAAAAUCAGAUUGUGGCAACUGAACUUGAGAAACAUAAAAAGAAAAACACCAAAUCUGUUCAUGGUAAUAAGAAGGAGAUUAAGCUGAAAGGAUCUUGUUGCAUUGCUACUAAAUCUGAUUUGGAGGAAAUUGAUGCUAGCACUAUUGUUUGCUAUACUUUGGAGUGCAAAGAAACAUUGUUUCCACUCGAAGAUAUCUCUACUUCUUUACCUCCUACUGUCACUAACCUUUUGCAAGAGUACACUGAUGUUUUUCCAAAGGAGGUGCCACCGGGGCUGCCACCAAUUCGAGGGAUUGAGCACCAGAUUGACCUCAUUCCUGGGGCCUCCUUGCCCAAUUGUGCGCCAUACAGGACUAACUCGGAAGAAACUAAAGAGAUUCAGCGCCAAGUGCAAGAAUUUCUUGACAAAGGUUAUGCGUGUGAGUCUCUUAGCCCCUGUGUUGUUCCCGUGCUUUUAGUUCCUAAGAAAGAUGGAUCAUAG